AUGGCAACCCAGGUCACUCCUUCGAAGCAGGCUGCUUCAUCCCUCGAGAACCUCAAGAUGAGCGACUCUCCCGUUAAGAAGCUCGAUUUCGAGUCCGUCGGCAAGGAGAACCCCGCGUCUCUCAAGCCUGAGCUUGAGGCCCAGGAGCCUCUCCUGCAGGAGAACCCCCGUCGUUUCGUCCUUUUCCCAAUCAAGUACCACGAGAUCUGGCAGAUGUACAAGAAGGCCGAGGCCUCGUUCUGGACCGCCGAAGAGAUCGAUCUCUCCAAGGAUCUGCACGACUGGCACAACCGCCUGAACGAUGAUGAGCGUUACUUCGUUUCUCACGUUCUGGCUUUCUUUGCCGCUUCUGAUGGCAUUGUCAACGAGAACCUUCUCGAGCGUUUCAGUAACGAGGUUCAGGUCCCCGAGGCCCGUUGUUUCUACGGUUUCCAGAUCAUGAUGGAGAACAUCCACUCUGAGACCUACUCUCUUCUCAUCGACACCUACAUCAAGGAGCCCAAGCAGCGCAACUACCUUUUCGAUGCCAUCGAGACCAUUCCCUGCAUUGCCAAGAAGGCUCAGUGGGCCAUGCGCUGGAUCUCCGACAAGGAGUCCACCUUUGCUUCGCGUCUUGUUGCCUUCGCCGCCGUUGAGGGUAUCUUCUUCUCCGGUUCCUUUGCGUCCAUCUUCUGGUUGAAGAAGCGUGGUCUCAUGCCCGGUCUGACCUUUUCCAACGAGCUCAUCUCCCGUGACGAGAAGAUGGUUGAGGACAUCAUUGUUGAGGCCGUUGGCAUUGAGCAGGAGUUCUUGACUGAUGCUCUCCCUGUUGCUCUGCUCGGCAUGAACGCCAAGCUCAUGUGCCAGUACAUCGAGUUUGUUGCUGACCGUCUCCUUGUCGCCCUCGGCAACAAGAAGUACUUCAACGCCACCAACCCCUUCGACUUCAUGGAGUCCAUCUCCCUUGCCGGCAAGACCAACUUCUUCGAGAAGCGUGUUGGUGACUACCAGAAGGCAGGUGUCAUGGCCUCUGUCGCGAAGAAGGACACCGAGGAAGGUGAUAAGACCACUGCUAACAGCGGUGGUCUCAACUUCGACGAGGACUUCUAA